AUGUCGCGUCGUGGCGCAGGGUGCCCUGUUGCCCGUCGAGGUCACGGUUCGUCAAAGCCUGUUGAACACCAUGGUAUGCGGCUUGUUUUUUCGCCAAAGCUAUUUGAAAUGGUCGUUCUUCACGCUGUCAUUGCCGUAGCGUGCCGAUCGCGACGCCCUGUUGCGCCUAUUGCGCGGAUGUGGAGCGGUGGGUUGGCACUCAGCCGACCACCGACGAGGUGCUACUUUUGCGUGCCUGCGCACUUUUUUGAGCGUUUUUCUUGA